AUGCCGCCAAAAAGGAGGGUACGUCUUAGCCUUCGGUCUGCAAGAGCGUCCGCUAUGAGGGCAAGAAGGGCCCGCGAGUCCCAGGAGCAGACUACAAUGCGACUAUCACAGGUCGCUCAACGCAGCGCCCUCACGCAGGCCUCGCAGUCACAAGAGGAGCGUGCCACCUGCUUGGCUGGGAAAGCUGCCUACAGGGCUUCGUUGCGAUCAAGGCUCAAGAAUGCACAACGGUCGAGAAUGAACGCACAGGCUGCAGCAACCGCCUCUGCAUCUCGGGCUUCCGAGACUCAUCAUCAAAGGCUUCUUCGUAACGUAAGAAACGCUGCUGCCACUGCGAAAUCAAGGGCAAUAGAGACACUUGACCGCAGGCGCGCCCGUCAAUCCAGGGACGCUGCUGCAACAGCGAGCGCUAGGGCUGCUGAGACACCGCUCCGUAGGUCUGUGCGAAAUGCUACGAAUGCUGCCACCACUGCCAGGUCGAGGGCAGCUGAAACAUUUGACCGCAGACGCGCCCGUCAAUCCAGGGACGCUGCUGCAACAGCGAGCGCUAGGGCUGCUGAGGUCGUAGGUCUGUUCGAAAUUUUCAAAAUGCUGCCACCACUGCCAGGUCGAAAUGCGCCCGUCAAUCCAGGGACGCUGCUGCAACAGCUAGGUCGAGGUAGUCUGAGACAGAGCUGCAGCGGGCAACCUGCAAUGCCCGCAACGCUGCAGCGACUUCUGCUGCCAGAAACUCCAAGGGCCCACAGACAAGGGCAAACAGACUUUCAAGGGCUGCUACAAACAUGGCCGCUGUGCGCUUAUCUCAAACUCCCCAAGCUCGCCGCAUACGCCUCGACGGCGACAUUCAGCGCCUUGCGGCCGCCCGUGAUGUUACCUAUCCCAGUAGCUCUUUUUGGUCUUUCUUGGCUUUCAAUUACGACCCCGGCAUUAACUUAA